AUGGUCGCAAUAUCGAGUCGCGAGCUGGCGCCACGCCGCGGGGAGCAAGUCAUCCAAUCGCUACCCUGCGGCGAAUGCCCCCAUGGGCGAGUUAAUCCUCCCGGGAAGAGAUUGCUGCGAGUUUACAUUGGCGCGUGGAUCAUUGCCUUGCUGUUUGUUGGUACGCAUGCCGGCACCGCACUCGCCGUCGUCUAUAAUGGUCCCUACGGCUAUCUUGACACGGAAUACCGAUUCGAUGUCAUCUCGACAUUUUUCUCUAUUUCGUCCUCGCCGCCGUGA